AUGGAAUAUUUGGGAGAUGGCGAAGGGACGAACGGAAACCGGGGCUUGGCCGUGAGCACAGCUGGGGGUGACGACGCGUUUGCAGGAGCCGUUGUUGCUGCAGUCGAGGAUGCCCAACGCGAGAGCGUUGCACUGGUCCACUACAUCGGUCGGGAGUACGUUGAUCGGCCCAACAACUUGGUGCCUCUUACUUUGAAGCAAGUUUCCAUGCUAACUCCUUCAGCCAGGCAUGGGGGGGCACUAUCGAUACAUGGGAUGCCUGUCAACACGGCACGACUGCUUGGUAGGGUGUGGAACCGUACGGAAUCGUCGGAAGAGAUCAGCUUCGUUCUAGGCGAUGGCACUGGGUCUAUCGAAGCCAAGAUAUGGACAAUAGACGGGGAGUACAUGCGGGCGUUACGUGAAGUUAGGAAUGGAGACUACGUUGUGGUUAACGGCUCUAUAAGGACGCGGGAUUCUGUCAUGCAUAUACGAGCCUACUCAAUCAGGCUUGUGACUAACUACAACGAGAUUACUAACCACUUCCUCCAUUGCAUAUACGUCUCCCUCGAUCUUCAGAAGCAGUUGAGGGAGAGAGAAAUGGAUAUUCGUCGGGCGAAUCUGGUGGUAGCCUCAAACGAGCAGUCUCAGGCUCCCAACGGCGCGGAGAAGCUUUUUGGUGAUGUUCUUCAAGUUUUCUACUGUCCAGGAAUAGUCGAGCUGGAAAACGGGGCUUCGUUCUCUUUGAUUCAAUCUGAGACAGGUGCAGAUGCGGACCAACUCAGGACUGUUAUCGGAGCUCACGUCGCUAUGGGCAACCUUUUCACCACCAUUGAUGAUGACCAUUUCAAGUGCUCGUUCAACGGAUAA